CAUGCGCAAUUGGCGACAGCGAGAACUUAAGAACUUUCAGGUGUGAAAAGGUGAUGAAGGAUGAAGGUGGAAGAGGAAGGUGAGCUAGCAAAGGAAGACCAUUCUCACAGGAAGAGAUCAUCAGCUGAGACAGAUGACCAUGGAAUUAGAAAGAAGGUGAAAUCAGGAUCCAAGGAAAAACAUAAAGGUUGUGAAGUAAAUGGAAAGUACUCCAGAUCAUCUGAAAAGAAGUCACACUCAGGACCUUCACACAAACCUCUGCAGGAGUCUAAGAUCACAAGCUCUGAAAAAAAGAAGUCUGAUGCUCGCAACAGUGGAUCUGAAGCUGAGGGUUUUAAGUUGGGCUCAUAUGAAGACUUGGAAAAGAGAGUGGAUGGAAACAAUAACUUGGAGGACAUUAUGCGACCACAAGAGAAAAGAGAAUUAGCUUUAUUACCUGACGAAACUAAGAACUGCAAGUCAAGAAUUACCAGCAACAUAAACAGCUCCAGUCACAAGCAUCGACACAAGACUACCAAUGAUAGGGAUCCUAAACUUCAAGGAAACAGAUCUGAAAAGAUUCAGGCAAAAGAAAACAGUAAACGUUCAUCUGAUGUUAAAAGUAAUAAAAUUCAUGCAAAAGUGAAGCAGACUGAUAAUAGCCACACAUCUCUGACAGCUAUAAAAGAGGAAGAUGUCGAAGGGCAAAUCUUUGAUCCCAUCUCUGGCUGCACACAAGCCUGUCUUGCUGCUGAGAAUGAUCAGGAGAUGGGAGAAGAGAAAUCCAGUGCUGAAAAGAAGGGGGACAAAGAGUGUACCGUCAAUAUUAGAGAAGAUAAAACACAAGGCCAGAAAAAGAAAAGGAGUUCUCAAAGUACAGAACAUGAUGAAGCAAAGAAAAAUAAAAAGGUCAAGAUGGUAGAGGAUGGGGACAAGAAAAAAAAGAAAGGAAAAGGAGAACCAAAAAAAGCUGAAGAUGAAGCUGGUAAAUGGAAAUGGUGGGAGGAAGGGAAGCAUGCCGAUGGCCAGAAGUGGAAAAGUCUUGAGCAUAAAGGGCCUCUUUUUCCACCAGAAUAUGAACCUUUACCAAGCAAUGUCCCAUUUUUAUAUGAUGGUAAGCCUAUGCAGCUAAGCCUGCCUUCUGAGGAAGUAGCGACUUUCUAUGCCAAGAUGCUUGAUCAUGAAUACACCACCAAGGAGACUUUUCAGAAUAAUUUUUUCACUGACUGGAAGGAGAUAAUGACAGAAGAUGAGCGGAAGAUAAUCAGGAAGCUGUCCAAGUGUGACUUUGGCAAAAUCCACAAAUAUUUUGUGGAAAAGUCAGAGGAAAAGAAGAACAUGACCAAAGAAGAAAAACAAGUUUUAAAGGAAGAAGGCAAUAAACUUACAGAGGAGUAUGGAUACUGUCUGCUGGAUGGACAUAGGGAGAAAAUAGGCAAUUUUCGUCUGGAACCUCCAGGGCUUUUUAGAGGACGAGGUGAACACCCCAAAAUGGGCAAGCUAAAGAAGCGUGUCCAACCUGAGGAUGUGAUUAUUAAUUGCAGUCAAGAUGCGAAGGUCCCAGAGCCACCUGCAGGCCAUCGGUGGAAGAGAGUGCAGCAUGAUAACACCGUCACAUGGCUGGCAUCCUGGAUAGAGAACAUCCAUGGACACAUCAAGUACAUCAUGCUUAAUCCCAGCUCCAAACUCAAGGGGGAGAAGGACUGGCAGAAGUAUGAAACUGCUCGUAAGCUGAAACUGAGAGUGGAUGAUAUCAGGCGUGAGUACCGAACAGCCUGGACUGCACGAGAAAUGAAACAAAGACAGCGAGGAGUUGCUUUAUACUUCAUCGACAAGCUAGCUCUGAGGGCUGGUAAUGAAAAGGAUGAUGAUACCGCAGACACGGUGGGCUGCUGCUCUCUGCGUGUCGAGCACAUCACUCUCCACCGACACCAGGAUGGUCAGGACUAUGUGGUGGAGUUUGACUUCCUGGGCAAGGACUCUAUCCGUUAUUACAACAAAGUGCCUGUGGAAAAACAAGUUUUCAAAAACGUGAAACUGUUCAUGGAAAACAAGGAUCCAGAAGACGACUUAUUUGACAGAAUCUCUACAAUCUACCUCAAUAAGAAGCUCAAUGAGGCAAUGCCUGGGCUGACAGCCAAAGUGUUUCGAACUUUCAACGCGUCCACCACUUUGCAGGAGCAGCUGAACAAGCUCACCAUCGAUGAUAUGACUGUGGAGGAAAAAGUACUGGCUUAUAACCGAGCGAACAGAGCUGUGGCUAUUCUCUGCAACCACCAGAGGGCAGCACCCAAAACAUUUGAGAAGUCCAUGUUGGCUCUUCAGGAGAAGAUCAAAAAGAAAAUGGAGGAAGUGGAGAAAGCCAAAAAGGAGCUGAAACAGGCAAAGAAAGAUCACAAGGAGCAACCAUCAGAGAAGUCGAAGAAGUUGGUGGAGAAGAAGGAAAAAGCUUUGAAGAGACUGUCGGAACAGUUAAAGAAGCUCAAGCUGCAGGAGACAGACCGAGAGGAGAACAAGGUCAUCGCUCUGGGCACUUCCAAGCUCAACUACCUCGACCCCCGCAUCACUGUGGCCUGGUGUAAGAAGAACAACGUUCCUGUGGAGAAGAUCUACAACAAGACUCAUAGAGCAAAGUUUGCCUGGGCUAUCGACAUGGCUGAUGAAAACUUCCAGUUCUAACACAGACAAGGCUGUGCUUUUUUUCAUUGUUCAUUUGUUUUUCCUCCUAAUUUUCAGGUGUUUUUUUUUCCAUUCCAUUUCCUUCUUUUUUGUGACCAUUUUUGAGCUACUAUUCAUUUCUCUGUGGUGUCUUUUUGUUUAACAGCCUUGGUUAAAAAGAUUACUGUGAUGUGUUUCUUCAUUGGAUUUAUUUGUGUAGUAAAAUGUGAACACAAAGCUGAAGGUCAUGCUUUAGUUUCUUUGCUCCUGAAUGGAAGGUAUGUAGCUCGUGGAUCCAGUAUUUUCGGGCACACAGGAAGGCUGUUUGUCAGGGGAAAAACAAACCUUGCCCUACAGUAACACUGACUGACUACAUUUGUGCUUAAAAGCUGUCCAAAUGCUGGAACAUAACACCAACCUUUUUAAAUGGUUUGUUAAGAAAGUGUUUCCAAGUAUAGAUGAGCUUGCAAGCACAAGUUCAGUACAUUCCAGUCCUUACAAUAAAAGCAAUAAUAGCGUUUCAAAAGUGAGUGGUGAGGAUGCAAGUUAAAAUUGUUCAUCCUAUUAUGCAAAAUGUCACAGAUGUAGUGACUACAAGCUUUAAGACAGUGUGAGUGUCAAGUUCAUAUGCGUAAUCUGUGUGGUGUCAGUAACCAUUGCAGUCUAAGUCAAUGGUUUCGUGCUGCCGGGGUGUUUUACUGCUUUUAAAUGUAAUGAAUGGAAGUUCUUUGAAUACAGGGAGCUUCCAGAUUAUGCAGGACCUGGUAUUUUGUAUAUUCUGUGAGUUGUUCAACAGGCUGUCCAGAAAAUUAGGAACCAAUGUUAAGCAAAUAUUUGCUCAUAUAUCUGAAAUUUUUUUAAUUUGGGAGGGGGGGACUGUGACAAAGCAAUUAAGAAAAACCUAGAGAGUGGACAUAUUAGCUCACCGUGGUAAGCCUCCAAGUUACUGAUUUGAAAGUUUGGCGAUUAGUGUUCCAGCUCUAUCAAGUUGCCACUGUUGUGCACUUAACCCUGCCUGCUGUCUAGGUGACAUAAGAUAACUUAAUUAACUUACAGCAUAUGCUGUAUAUAAAUCCAAAAUUCUGUAUAUUUAGCCUUACUCUCAUUGGUUUACUGACUUUUCGGACACCCAGUAUAUAAAUAUAAAUUUAAUUAUUUAAAAAACUGAAAACAAUAAAUAUGUAAGGUUUCUCAUAAUGAAAUGCAGCUUGAACAAUUAACAUCACUUUAACAAUAUGUGGUCAUAUAUAGUCUUGUAUCUCUCCCCUUAUUGCUAACAACAGCAACAAAGACUUAAAAAAAAAUGUCAAAAUAUAAUUAUAAAAAAUGUAUGCAAUACUGUAGUGAAUGCUAUUGUUGGAAUAUAAUCAGGAAAUAAGAUGCUACUUGACCCAAAGUGACGUCGGUUUUACCAGCCAGAAGAUUAUUUUCUGAGAACGGCUAUGUGCUAAAGUG